CCCUCUCCCCACACCACCCCUGACCUCGCCCAGCAUGCCCGCACUUACCGAGGCGAUCCACUCGCAGUAUGACUCGCUGCUCAUCCUCGACUUUGGCUCGCAGUACUCGCACCUCAUUACGCGCCGCUGCCGCGAGCUCAACGUGUACUGCGAGAUGCUGCCCUGCACGCAGAAGAUGGCCGACCUGGACUGGACGCCCAAGGGCAUCAUCCUCAGCGGCUCGCCGUACAGCGUGUACGACGACGGCGCGCCGCGCGUCGACCCGGCCGUGUUCGAGGCGGGCGUGCCCGUGCUCGGCAUCUGCUACGGCCUCCAGGAGAUCGCCUGGUGCCACGGCGGCAAGGUCGACCCGCACGACCGCCGCGAGUACGGCCGCGCCGACGUGCAGGUCGUGCGCACCGGCGACGAGCGCAUGGACCGUCUCUUCCGCGACGAGGCCGACAGCGUGCCGGUUUGGAUGUCGCACGGCGACCAGCUCUCCAAGUGCCCCGACAACUUCCAGGUCAUUGCGCGCACCGACUCUGCGCCCUUUGCCGCCAUUGCGCACACGAGCAAGCCGAUCUUCGGCAUCCAGUUCCACGCCGAGGUGACGCACUCGCCUCGCGGCAAGGAGCUCUUCUCUGCGUUCGUCGACAUCUGCGGCGCGCAGCGCAACUGGACCAUGUCGACGUUCAUCGACAAGGAGAUUGCCCGCAUUCGCGAGAUGGUCGGCCCGCGCGACCGCGUGCUGGGCGCCAUCUCGGGCGGUGUGGACUCCAGUGUGGCGGCCAAGCUGAUGCACGCUGCCAUCGGCGAGCGCUUCCACGCCGUCAUGGUCGACAACGGCGUGCUGCGUGCCGGCGAGGCCAAGCAGGUCGACGAGAUGCUCAACAAGCACCUCGGCGUCAACGUGACGAUUGUCGAUGCUUCCGAGCUCUUCCUCUCGCGCCUCGAGGGCGUCGAGGACCCGGAGAAGAAGCGCAAGAUCAUCGGCAACACCUUUAUCAAUGUCUUCGAGGAGGAGGCCGCCAAGCUGGAGGCCGCGGCAGAGGAGGAGGAGGCCAAGGCCAAGGCUGAGGGCAAGGAGCAAGAGGCCAAGGGCAAGUACGAGUUCCUGCUGCAGGGCACUCUCUACCCGGACGUCAUUGAGAGCAUCAGCUUCAAGGGCCCGAGCGCCACGAUCAAGACGCACCACAACGUCGGUGGCCUGCUGGAGAACAUGAAGAUGAAGCUCAUCGAGCCGCUGCGCGAGCUGUUCAAGGACGAGGUCCGUGAGCUCGGCAAGCUGCUCGGCAUCCCGGCGCACCUUGUCGGGCGGCACCCCUUCCCCGGCCCCGGUCUCGCGAUCCGCAUCCUGGGCCCCGUGACGCGUGGCCAGGUCGCGAUCCUGCAGGCAGCCGAUGCCAUCUACAUUGAGGAGAUCCGCCGUGCCGGCCACUACGACAAGAUCUCGCAGGCCUUCGCCGUGCUCCUGCCCGUCCGCGCCGUCGGCGUGCAGGGCGACAAGCGCACCUACGACCAGGUCAUUGCGCUGCGUGCGGCUCAGACGACCGACUUUAUGACGGCGACGUGGUACGACUUCCCGCAUCAGUUCCUGUCGCACGUCUCGAACCGCAUCACCAACGAGGUGGCAGGCAUCAACCGCGUCGUGCUCGACAUCAGCUCCAAGCCGCCGGCCACUAUUGAGUGGCUCUAAUCUUCGCAUCUUCGGGGCUGCCUCUCUUCUCUCUCAUUCUCUGCUUGUUCUCGCGUCACGUAAAAGCUCUGCAACCAUUAGAUUUAUCGCUCGU